AUGGAGCCAAACCAACCGCUGUUUGGUAUCAUGCAACUUGAAGACACAAAACUACAAAAGCCUCACAGAUCAAGGUUGUUUCCUGAACCAGUCUUUUUUUUUAGAACCGGACUUUUGGAUCAGGAGUACAAAAAUCCCCUCACCACAUGUCAGUUCGUGCUCCCACAGUGGAUGGAAUUAUUGCCUUGUCCUCCCCAAGUUGAGAUGAUGGAUACAACCUUACUGUUUGCCUGCAUUGCUUCAUUGCCCAAGAUUACUUGGGCGCCAGGGACAGAGUAA